AUGUCCGACGGCGUCAGCGUACUGCACAUCAAACAGGAGGUGGACACUUCAUCGGCCAGUCCCAGCUCAAAGGCAACCACAAGCUCAGGCACAACGACGACAACGUCAACGUCAACUGGCCACAACAACUCGAGCAAUAGCAACAGCGGCAUGAAGUCAUCGCCAUCGGUGUCGCCGGAGCGUCAACUCUGCAGCUCAACCACUUCAUUGUCCUGCGAUCUGCACAACGUCUCGCUCAGCAACGAUGGCGACAGCAGCAACAAGGGAAGCGCCUCCAGUGGCGGCGGUGGCACAAAUCAAUCGAGCAGUGGCAAUGCCAAUGCCAAUUCAAUGCGCGAUGAACUGCGUCGUCUAUGCCUGGUGUGUGGCGACGUAGCCUCGGGAUUCCAUUACGGCGUCGCCAGCUGUGAGGCGUGCAAGGCAUUCUUCAAGCGCACCAUACAGGGCAACAUUGAGUACACAUGUCCGGCAAACAAUGAGUGCGAGAUCAACAAGCGGCGACGCAAGGCUUGCCAGGCGUGUCGCUUCCAGAAGUGCCUGCUCAUGGGCAUGCUUAAGGAGGGCGUGCGUUUGGAUCGUGUACGUGGUGGAAGACAGAAAUAUCGUCGCAAUCCCGUGUCCAACUCGUAUCAGACCAUGCAGCUGCUGUAUCAGUCCAGCACCACAUCGCUGUGUGACGUCAAAAUACUGGACGUGCUCAACUCCUAUGAGCCGGAUGCGUUGAGCGUGCAACCGGCUCAGCAGCCGCACACCACAAGCUGCACAGAUGAAGCAUCCUCAUCGUCGGGCAGCGUCAAGCUGGAGAGCAGCAGCAACAGCACUUCGAAUGGCACCACAACAGGCACAUGCAUUUUCCAGAAUAACAACAACGGCAAUGAUCCACACGAGAUACUGAGCGUGCUCAGCGAUCUCUACGACAAGGAGCUGGUCAGUGUCAUUGGCUGGGCCAAGCAAAUACCCGGCUUCAUUGAGUUGCCGCUCAACGAUCAAAUGAAGUUGUUGCAAGUGUCGUGGGCCGAGAUCUUGACUUUGCAAUUGACGUUUCGUUCGCUGCCCUUCAAUGGCAAGCUAUGCUUUGCCACAGAUGUGUGGAUGGAUGAGCUGUUGGCCAAGGAAUGCGGCUACACGGAAUUCUACUAUCAUUGUGUGCAGAUCGCACAGCGCAUGGAACGCAUUUCGCCGCGUCGCGAGGAAUACUAUCUGCUGAAGGCGCUGCUGUUGUCCAAUUGUGAUAUACUGCUGGACGAUCAAAGUUCGUUGCGCGCCUUCCGCGACACCAUACUUAAUUCACUCAACGAUGUCGUCUAUUUGCUGCGCCACUCCUCCGCCGUCUCCCAUCAGCAGCAGCUGCUGCUGUUGCUGCCCUCGUUGCGGCAGGCAGACGACAUAUUACGACGCUUUUGGCGCGGCGUUGCACGCGACGAACUCAUCAACAUGAAGAAACUGUUUCUCGAGAUGCUCGAGCCGCUGGCCAGGUGA